ACACAGACACGCUGUCUGAUGUACCACACUGAUUUUCAGUGCGGCUGCCGUGGUUUGAGAGGCUGGUGUGGAGAAGUGUAAACCCAAGAUCGACCAGCAGGAAGACACUGGUGAGCCUCAAACACGCAGGAAGAAUUUCCUAGAGCGGGGAAGAAGAAGAAGAAGAAGAAGGGGAAAAAAAGCAGUCUGCUGCAUCACGUGCUCCCCAAAUCUCGCAUCCCCAACUCCUGCUAUCCCAACUGGGAAGGCAGCAGGCAUGCGUGGUGUCCUCCUCCUCGCACGGUGACAGGCUCGUGUUAUUGGCACCGAGCAGGCUGGAGAGGAGGAGGCAGGCAGCGGGGUGGGAUUGGCAGGGGAGCUCUCUGGCUCCAGCUGUUCCGACCCAAAUGCCAGGCCAGCGCGGCGCCUGCAGCAGCCCCGCUUAACGGCGAAGCACCCGGCAGAAGUUGGCAAGUUGCUGCUGGGGAAGGGCCGGCGGCUCCAGCGCUGGGGGCCGGCGGCCUAUGAGGGACUCCCGGGCGCCGCAGGAACGGGCGAGCCAUGGACGGGGGUGGGGGUGUCUCCUGCUCGGCCCUGGAGAAGAACGUGGCGGAGCUGACGGUCAUGGACGUGUACGACAUCGCCUCGCUGGUGGGGCAGGAGUUCGAGCGGGUCAUUGACCAGCACGGCUGCGAGGCCAUCGCCCGCCUCAUGCCCAAGGUGGUGCGGGUGCUGGAGAUCCUGGAGGUGCUGGUGAGCCGCAAUCACAUCCACCCCGAAAUGGAGGAGCUGCGGCUGGAGCUGGAUCGGCUCCGGCUGGAGAGGAUGGACCGGAUCGAGAAGGAGAAGAAGCACCAGAAGGAAUUAGAACUGGUGGAGGAUGUAUGGAGAGGGGAAGCACAGGAUCUUCUUACCCAAAUUGCUCAGCUUCAGGAAGAGAACAAACAACUGAUGACAAACCUGUCACACAAAGACAUCAAUUUCACAGAAGAGGAAUUUCAGAAACAUGAAGGAAUGUCCGAGAGGGAGAGGCAAGUGAUGAAGAAGCUGAAGGAAGUGGUAGAUAAACAAAGGGAUGAGAUCAGAGCCAAGGACCGGGAACUGGGACUUAAAAAUGAGGAUGUGGAGGCACUGCAACAACAACAGAACAGGCUAAUGAAAAUUAAUCAUGACCUUCGGCACAGAAUCACAGUAGUUGAGGCUCAAGGGAAAGCGCUGAUUGAGCAGAAGGUGGAACUGGAAGCGUAUCUGCAAACCAAGGAACAGGAGAUGGGCACUUUGAGGGCAGAGCUUGGGAAGCUGAGAGAGAAGCAACCAGGGGAGCACAGCCAAAAUGGAGAAGAAAUAAAGACAGAACCUAACAAUGAUGACUAUCUCUCUGAAUCUGAGAAGAUGGCUAUGGAUUUAAAAGAUCCAAACCGUCCAAGAUUUACUCUACAAGAGCUACGGGAUGUCUUACACGAGCGGAAUGAACUGAAGUCUAGAGUGUUUUUGUUGCAGGAGGAGCUUUUAUAUUAUAAGAGUGAGGAAACAGAAGAAGAAACUAGGUCCCCUCAACCUACACCCAUAAUUAAUUCAAAAACCUCAACUCAGCCAGAAUCUGGAAUCAAACGACUGAUCUUUACAGCCAUAAUGCCCAUGGUAGCAGCGGGAUUGAUUCCAGAUGAUCCCACAUUGCAGCCAAUAAGAAGACUUAUGUCCCUUGUUUAGUUUCUUCUCUCGUGAUAAAAAACGCAUGCAGACACAGAAAAACGUUCACUUCCAGGAUACCUUUGGCGAAUGGGCAGAUUCAAACAAAGAUGACUCCUACACUGAACAAGGCCAAGAGGCCCUUCAGCAUCUGUGAUUAACACUCCAAGCCGUGUUGCUUGCCACAGUAGAUCUGAACAUUCUAGUAACAAGAAGCUUCCGUAACCAAAUCUGGCAGCUCAUCAUUUUUUAUUUGCCUGGCACAUGUUGAUUGUUUCAGACAUACUUUUCCAAAGGGAUUCCUCAAUGUUUACUUGGCGACUGCUCUCCAAAAACAGAAUCCAGGCUCUGUAGUAAUGGUUAUUUAUACUCUGGGGUAUCAAAGCUUCUAGAUAACUGGUUGUGUGCUGAAUAACAAGUCUGUCUGACUCUUGCAUUUAACUACAGUAACACAAGCUUCUUUAAACCAAAAAAAACCCUGUGCCAUUAUUAGAAGUUUAUUUGCAUUGAACAACAUCUAUUAGCAAAGACCCUGAUACUAUGUAUGUUAACUUGGGGGAGGGAAUGGGAAUUUUUCUUAGUUUUGUUAAUGACACUUUCAAAAAUAGAGAGGUUUGCAGUGUCUACACUAUAUUUCUAGGGCAGGUCCUACCACAGCUGUAUCCUGUCAAACUCACAGGUUGCAGAGAAACUACUUCGAACUUCAACUGAUAACAAUACAGAAACUGGAGCAGCUGCGAGGGACUGUGAUUGUAUAUUCCCCUUGUUGUUUAUAGUGCCUAAAGCAUGUAGAUACUGAUGUACAAGGUGAGUGUACCUUGCUUGCCUUUUUGCUCUGAGUUAUGCAGUAUUAACAGCAAAUGAAUUGCUCACAUGGAGGAAUU